AUGGCGCUUCUGAAGAUCUACGGCCUUCCUGAGCGUCAGAUUAACAUCAACGAGUAUGCCAAUUCAGCCGAGCAGAUCCCAUCUGGCGCAGCCUGGUGGAUCUCCCGACUGGAACGCUACGAUACGUUUGGAUUGCGUGGUAACUGGCUCAGCGGUUGGAGCCUGCACGACCUCUUUGCGAAUCUUCUCACCAAAACCUCCGAUCCUUUGAACUAUAACGCGACAGACUAUACGUCGGCUCCGGAAUAUCAGGUAUACAAGUAUUACAAUCUAAACAUGACGGGCGAGUGUGUGGAGACUUCCGGCACUGGCGAUCGUUUAUUUGACGUGUACGCGACUGUUGAUUCCGAUAAAGUGCGUAUUCUCUCUGGAGCGCGCGUUACUGCUGGUAACUGGCAGAUCACCGUACGCAGUAUGUCUUCGGUCGGACUGCCAAGUCAUGGCUCUGUUAAUAUUCAAACCUGGGGUUUCGCGGGCACAUCUGUAUAUGAUGAGGUCGAUGCUCCCAGUGACCGAGGCAUUGUUUCGCACGCGUAUUCUGGUGACACGUUGACAUUCCCCAUAUACCAGACCGAUGCCAAUACCGCGUGGGCAUUCGAGUUCAGUCGCUAG